GACUUGUUUAGUGCUGGCCUUCAUGUCUGCGCAUGUCUACAGUUAAAGGCUCAGACUGUGAACGCAGCUUGCGCCUGUGUUGCAUUCAUAUGCAGUGUGUGUUUUGAAAUAAGGCAGUGCCGUGCCAGUGCGACGUCACUCUGAAUUCAAAGGUUGCUGAAGAUCAGUGAGUGCAGAGCAGAGCUGACCUGUUGACAGAAAAGAUGGAACGCAUCUCUUUCCCGCCACUGUCCCGUGUUGCCAUUUGUGGCGGUACCCACGGAAAUGAGAUGUCAGGGGUGUACAUGGUGAGAGACAUGCAGAAACGGAAGGUAGAUCGGGCUGGAUCGGCUUCUAUAACCACCGUCCUGUCGAACCCACACGCUGUGGAUGCUUGCAGAAGAUACAUAGACCAAGAUAUCAAUCGCUGUUUCACAGCUGCCUUGUUGAGUGCCCCCAUAACAGACUCCUCACCCUACGAGCUGAGGCGAGCACAGGAGCUGAACGCUCAGCUGGGGCCCAAAGGAAGCCAAGAGGCCGUGGAUCUACUCUGUGAUAUCCACAACACCACAUCCAACAUGGGCCUGUGCCUCAUCUUAUACUCUGUAGACUACAUCACCCUGCACAUUUACAAAUACAUACAGAGCAAGAUGACCUCCAUGCCGGUGAGAGCAAUCCAGCUGGAUAUACCACUUCCUGAGGCGUAUUCCUUUGAAUCGGUGGGCAAACACGGCUUCGCGCUAGAGGUCGGCCCUCAACCCAACGGUGUGGUCAGAGCUGAUAUCUAUAACAUGGUGAAGGAGGCAGUGGAUCUCACAAUGGAGUGGCUUCAGGCAUUCAAUUCUGGGCGUACUUUUGAGGGAGGUGAGGUGGAAGCAUACACUACAGAGAGGAGUGUAGACUACCCGAGGGAUCCUACAACCAAUGAGAUUACUGCUGCCAUACACCCCCAGCUGCAGGAUAACGACUUCAAGCUUCUCCGACCAGGCGACCCCACGUUCCUGACAUUUUCUGGAGAGACGGUGAAGCACGAAGGACAAGAAUUGUACCCUUUCUUUAUAAAUGAAUGUGCCUACUACGAGAAGAAGAUUGCUUUCCAUUUAGCCAAGAAGAUCACUCUGAACUUUCCGCCCGUAAGUGUGAAGAAGGACUGAGAGCGGAGACAGAAUGAGCCCAAUGUAAUUGCUCUAGAGAGUUUUGAAUUAUGACGCACACUUUUUGUUUUAAUCAUGUUUUAAUCAUUUCAAAUGAGGAAAUGAGAUUUAUGCAAUGAAUCAACGCUAUGAUAAGCUCGUUAUGCUGUAUGGAGUUCUGCAACAGUACUUCCUCUGUGAGGCUUUAACGAAGGAUCAGGUUUCAGAGCAGAGUUGUUUUUGUAUUUGAAUGAAUGAUUUUGCACAGGUAUAUAAACUAAAACUUGACUUUCAAUGUUUCUUUUGCACUGUGGCAAUGAUGCAAAACACCAUGUUUGAAUUAACGGAAAUGUGGACAGCAUGAAGUAUUAGAUGGCGUGUUUUGAUGUGAUUACGAUCUCUAGAAGAGUUGACAAAAACUGAACAACAGGCCUCACUCACCAUGACAAUUGAAAUGACGGUCAUACGUCACGUGGAUUUCCAGUUUCCACCUUUUUUUCGGACUACUGAAUUUUGCACAGACAUGACAUUACGAUGAUGUCAGAUUUCUAAAUUGCUUUUCUCUGCUCAAUGAAAGGUGAAAGAAUAUAAAUCCUCCAUGAAUAUAAAUAAUAAUAAAAAUAGAGAAAGUUAUAACUUAAAACAUUUUUGAUGCAAUACUACUGCCACAGAAUAAUAUGUCAGAGGGGACAGAUGAGAGUGAGACCCUUGACAUCAACACCGACACCAAAAGUUUGAGUGCCAGAGCGGCAGUUUUCAGAUUCUGAUGAUAGAUAUUAUCGUUAUCAUGAAUUGUUUGGGCCACGAUAAUCUUGAAGUGAAAAUGAUGAAACUGUGAGAGGCCUAAAAAGGAUGUAUGAUAAUGUGACGCACAUUGCUAAUGCGGCUAAAAAAAUGUCAAUAGCAAAGCAAAAGAUCAGAAAAAACACAAAGCCAACAACAGAAGUAGGCAAAUGUCAAAUGUAUUAAUACAGAAACAGGUACAGUGUGCUUCAGAAAACAUAAAAACAUUUACAAAAGCUGGAGUGUGUACACAUUAGACGAGUAACAAAACAUUGUGACACUAAAAUAUCACAACUUGUAUUCUGGUGCCAAGAAAUGAGUCAGUUUGGAAUUUUUACAUGAAAAAUUAUUUCAUUUUCCACACAAAUGUUAAGUGUAAAGUCGUAGAUUUAUGAGCACUUACAAAUUAAGUUUUUGUAAAUUCAAUUGCAAUUCAAAAGAGGUUGACAGUGGAGUAUCACCAACAAACAUUUACAAGACUUUAAA